UCAGUGGGCUGGAGGUGGAGCAGGAAUUGUUUAUCUGUAGCUGCUUCCUUCCAGGAAGUCACAUGAAUUACAGGAAGUGAGCUGCAGAACAAAGUCCAGACAGGAAGAAGUUCUGCAGCAGUCGGUCAGACGAACCAGAGCUGAGUUCACUUUCUUCUUACUCUGAAUUGAACACGACUUUAUUUCACCAGAACUUCCAGCAGCAGACUUGAUCACAUGUCUCAAGCCUCCAUCAUGGCUGCAGCGGACCAGCUGCUGGAGCUGAUGUUCUCCUGGAUCGAGGAGGGAGUUCACUGUGCGGAGCUGCUGGAGAAACUGGCCAACAAGCUCGAGUCGGUCAGGAAGAAAUGCUGCUUGGCAGAAUUGGUUGGCAUCAUAGCGCAGGUGUUGGCAGCUGUGUGUAAGAUCCUGGCUAACAUCCUGAUCCUUUUACAACCUGCCAGUCAAGCUGCUCCAGUUCUAGUAGCCAUAGAAAAAGCACUUCGAUGUGUAAGUUGCUUCAUUACGGCCACUGCUGAGGUUGUUCAGCACAGUUCGUUCUACUUCAUCCUGAGAGAGGCGGAGGAGACAGUAGAGAAGAUCAACACGUGUACAGAAACAAUCCACAGACAGCUCAAGCAGCUGAGGUUGCAGGUGAAGAAGAAGUUUCUCUCUGUAGGUUCAGAUGAUGUCGACCGACACGUCGUGAUGGAAAUAGUGAGAGCCGUGGCGAGACGCAGUGGACUGAAGCUGGAAGAUGAUGUCAGCGCAGGGUUUUACUUUAAUGCAGAUCAGAAAACCGUAAACAUCAAGCAGAGCUGCGAGGAGCUUUAUUCUGCAGCAGCUGCAGCAAAAGAGAAAGCUGUUAAUAUUUACCAGUUUUACUCAUCGAUUACUGGAGAAACAGGAUUCACAGCCAGCGACGCACGACGUGAGGCGGUGACAGGAGGCUGUGAACUGAUCAUGGCUGGUCGUCAGGGGAUCAACAAAUGGUACGAGAUGUACAAAGUGUCUGAAGUGAGCCAAUCACUGACGGAUGCUGCGGACGCCAUUCGAGAGAUGUGUCGGACGCAGAGGAAGCAGUUUGACGUCAUCAGGAGGAACCUGGAGAAGAUGGACAGAGGACGGAGACAGACGCAGAGGAGAAAGUCUGCUGCGUAUUUGAUUGUGGCAGCAAUACUUUUCUGUUUGUGUUUGACUUAUUACUUUAAAUUAAUAUGGUAAGAUUAAGAUUUGAGGAUAACGGAUCAGUUCUCAGAGGUUCUGCAGUGCAGAGCAACAAGGCCCGGUCCGUUAAAACACAGUCUUGAUUUUAUUCCUUGUAUUCAGGAUGAUGAAGAUAGAGAGUUCCAGUUGUGAUUAUCACGUUGUGGUCGUCUCUGAGAUAAUGAAGGUUUAUGGACGGAGAGAAAUGGAUAAAGAACAGAGGAAGAAAGAGAAGAGAUGACAGAAAUGUUCCACCGUGACUUUUUAAAGACAAUAAAAUGUUAAGAAAAACCAUUUAUUGAACAUAAUGCAGUGUGAGGGACAGAUGUGCAGAUAUACAGUUUGUACUUGGUGCUGUUAACAUGUAUCCCAGAAGAAUUUACUCACAGACACCAACUAAAGACAGAUAAUAAAUAAUAUCUGUGAUGUGUUCA